GUACAUGAUUUUCGAUGUAAACUGUCGAUAGUUUUCAUAUCGAUAGUUCGGCAACACUACUUUCAAUUCAGUUUAUUUCGACAGAGUGACAAAGUCAUAGAAAAAAGACAAAACAAAUUAAAAUCAAAGACAAAUUUCAAACUGCCUAUACAACCUACUAACAAGAUCAUCUAGCGAAAUCUUUCGUACACGUUAAACACCGAAGUUUUGGCUGUACGGAUGUAUAAUCUUUUGCCUUCUCAAUUGAAAAGUUCUUGAUAGAAAUCAGCUGAGGUUUUUGGCGGGAUUUUAUCGAGUGCGCUUGGCGUCUUAUUUAUAUUAUUCUUAAAUUUGUUCAUAGUGGAUAUUGUGAAAUAAAAGUGGUGUGAUUUUGUGUUACAACCGUCUGCGCAACUGAAGAAUUUGUGGAAUCUUUAAAAUAUACGCUAUUCCGGUCAAGUGGACGUGAAUACUUUAUUGUAGUAUUGACUACUUCACAGAAGCUUAUCGAAAAAGACAACUGGAUAUAUUUCGUGCCAAACACUCCAAGAGGCAUUAAAAUGUUCACCAAACACCCACAUUCUAAUGUAAAAAAAAAAGGUUGAUACAAAAAUAAGACGAUGGCUGUAUGGCUUUGCCUUUGCCUUUCUCAAUAGAAAAGAAAAGAACUAAAAAAAAAGAAAUCAGCUGAUACAAAUGACAGUGACAUUCACUACGAAAACUUGUCAAAUUCGAAUUUUCAAAGUUUGAAUUCUAUUCACAGUAACUGUAAUUCUUGUUUCGUAAUCAUAUUCAUAGUUACUAAAUUAAAUAACAAACCAACAAAUUUCAUCAUGAGUUUGCUGAGUGCUGUAUUACAAGAAGCUGAUAAAGCCAGUUCAGAAGAAUUGAAAAAACAUUGUGAUUCGUUACUGCCAAAGAUGAGAGAGCUUCAUGAACGUAUUCAAUUAAUUACGUUUGAUCUACAGCAGAACUUUUUAGAUCUGUUUGUUCAUUUUUGUCCUACCAAAAGUUUGGAACAGCUUAACUAUAAAAAUAGGAAAAGUAACAUCAUAACCGAUUAUUCUAAAAUAGCAGAAGAAAUUGAAAACUCACGCCGAAAUUGUGGAGAGACGGAAGAAGAGCUUAUGAAAUACUACGAAAAACUUAAUGAAUCUAUAAAAAUAUUUAAUGAGGCAUGUACUGUAACAGAGGGUAAGAAAAUUCUAGAAAAAGCAGAUCAUGAAUCCAGACGUUAUAACCAUAUUGAAGCUAUUCAGUCUAUCAAAGAGCUUCAGAAGCAAUUAAAGUGUUUGAAAUUCGAUGACAAACUUGGAAGAGGUUUGUCAACUCUAAAAGCUCAAGCUCAAAACCAAUUAGCUGUGUAUAUUGCCCAAGUCAAUGUAGAAUGGGAAGAUAUUUUUAAAUGGACUGAGAAAAAGAGUGUGUAUUUUAUCACUUAUUCCUUAUCUGUUCAACAAAGUGACCCAUUGCUUAUACAAAGGGUACUAAAAACUUUGUACACCUCAGAAAUCAUGAAUGCCGGACUUGGUCAAUUUUCUCAUUUCUUUAUUGAAAAAUUAUUACACAAUGUUAUUAGACACAACUGUGACAUAUAUACUGAAGAUCAUCUUGGAGCUCUGGAGUUUAACAUAAGGAUAGAUCUCAACGAUAAAAAUAAACCUACUUAUCAAAUAAUUUUUAAUAAUCUCACAGCAAUAUUUGAGUUUCUUGAAACUACCCUUGGUUCACAAUUUGACUGUGACAAAAAAUUCAUAGAAGUGUUUGCAAACACAAUUCGUGAAAAAUUUUUCAAUAAAUUAAUUGAUGAUUGUAUCAAAUAUAAUUUGCCUUCAUGUGAAAGCUCUUACGAGAACUACAAAGCCAUUGUUGCUGAGUUAGACUGUUUCAACAAAUUCUUGAUUGAAAUCAGGUUUGUUGAAGCUGAAAAGUCACCUCUUAACAAAUACAUUGAUGAUACUGAGUGUGUGCUUUAUGAGAAGAAAUGUGGUAAGCUGCUUAUACAAGUGCGCUCCUUAUUGUCAGAGAGUCUUUUAAAUACUAAAGAAAUGGUUGGUAUUGCACCAGCUGAAGAAAAUGAUUCCAUUCUAGAUGUAACUGAGAAAGAAUUUACAUGGGACUUGAACAAGCCAUUGUUUCUCCCUAGAUGCCAGAUUUCCUCAAGUGUUAAGAAAAUAAUGGAUCUUAUUGUCAAACAUUUGGAGGAGAGCUUGAAAUUACCUGAAAAGUACCAGAAGCUUCUAGUUUUGACCAUCAAGGAUAUAGCUGUUAUGUAUCAGACAUUAGUACCUGCAAAAUUCAAGUCUGAAUUAGAAAGUUGUCCAUGGGCAAUAGGAAUAUUUUUCAACAACUGUUUUUAUUUGGCACAUGGUCUUGUGGGCCCUCCAUGGAAGCUCAUCUUGCCUGCUAACUUGGCAGACAUGUUGAUGACAGUGCUUCUUGAAUGCAUUCAGGAUCUACGAGUAAUAGCACUUGAAAAAAUAUCAUUGUUUUUAGAGAAAAAAAGGAAAAUGAUUACAGAUAGUAUAUUAGAAACGGAUGAUACAGAAGAGGAUGCUUGGACAAUGAAGAAUUUUGAAACAUUUGACAUGGCCAUGAAUGACUGUUUGUGCUCCUUGAGUGGACUUUGUGGCUAUUGGCACAACACUCUUCCCUCCAGAAUGUUUGAGAUGGCCAUGAGUACUUUAAUUCAAGUGUUGUGUCAAUGUGUCAUAAAAAGGGUGUUUGAGGGGCAAUCAAUUAGCGAACCUGUUGCUUUUAUGUUAGAGCAACAUUUAAAUAAUAUGCAUGCAAGCGUUAGUAGCUACUUUUUGGUGCCCAACGGAAACUUCGCUAGUAAAAUCAGCGCAUGGGUGAAAUUUGGCAAACUCCGUGUGCUGAUGAGGGCCCAACUCCAGCAGUUGGUAGAACUCUGGUACCAGGACAAAGAGGUCAAAGAGCAUUUCACUUGCGAGGAGGUUCGACACAUUAUAAGGAUGAGAUUCCCGGACACACAGUACAGACUGAAAAUACUUCAAGAGAUACAGUGAAAGUGAUUAUGGUACUCUUUUACUAUACAUAAUUAUUUGAUAAGAUUUCUUUUGUGAUGGAUUCUUAGGGAUUUAACCAACAAUGUUUACUUCUGCGCAAUAACGGUCAGCGCUAGAGUUUCGUGUCGCGAUUUAUACCUAAUGUGUGAGCUUAGUAAGUUUAAUUUAAAUACACACAGGUGCUAUUGUAUCGAAAAUUCGUUCCAAAAAAGUCAAAUUAGUUUAUUAUUAGAUUGUAUACCUAGUCAUAAGUACCUAUGAUUAAGCAAUAAAAAUUUUGAUACAGUUUUAUGUAUAU